GUUCCACGCGUACAACCAGCUAGGAGCUGACCUCUUGACCUCCAGGUACUCCCUGGGGAGAGCACGGACCUUGUCGUCCCAGCGGGGGAGUGUGACGUCAUCAGUGACGGCCGAUGGGCGGAGCGACCACACGUCUGUCUGUCCACACCUGGGCAGUCUCACACACUCUGGCUCCGCCCUCACACUCUCUGGCUCCGCCCCCAGCGAGGGGGAGGUGUUCCCUAGCCCCGCCCACAACGAGAGCCUGGCCCAGUACCUGGAGGUGUCUGCAGACGCCCAGCACGAGUCAGGCAUGGACAACUCUGGCUUUGUGCCCGACCCAGAUACACAACACUUCCCGCCAAAUGAACGAGCAGACGAGAGCCAAGCCAGGCCGGAGAGUCCCUGGGAUCCCGCCCACAGACACUCCAGCACUCAGCUGUUGGAGGACGACCGGAAGCUCCAGGGGGGCGGAGCCAGACAGAGGGCGGGGUCAACAGACAAGGCACGACCCCUGAGCGACAUCCUACGGCCCGGCAAAGUGUCCACCAGAGAGAGACUCCACGAGUUUGGCUUCAUCAAGCCAGUCGGACACCGGAAGUACGUGGUCAACCCCAGCCCCGGCAAGUUCUUCCGGCGCACCACGUCCCGGCGAGUGGCGGGAAAAGCCUGGACCAGGCUCCGGAAGUCCUCGGUGGCCAGACGACUCAACAUCUCGGGCACCCCGGGCGGGGCGGGUAGUGGCGGGGUGGAGGGUGGGGGGCAGGAGAGGACACUGCUGUUGUCUGAGCCACGCCCCGUCAGGGGGAAGCCACCGCGCGUCCCCCGCUCAGGGGCGUUGUCAGCGUGAAGAAGUAGGUCAGUAGGUCAAAGGAGCGCUGUCAGCCUAGAGAAGUAGGUCAGUAGGUCAAAGGGGCGUUGUCAGUGUGAAGAAGUAGGUCAGUAGGCCAAAGGGGCGCUGUCAGCCUAGAGAAGUAGGUCAAAGGGUGCACCGAAUUAGGUCAAACGGGCGCUGUCAGCCUAGAGAAGUAGGUUAAGGGGCGGUGCCAGCCUAGAGAAGUAGGUCAAGGGGCGGUGUCAGCCUAGAGAAGUAUGUCAAGGGGCGGUGCCAGCCUAGAGAAGUAGGUCAUGGGGCACAGAAUUAGGUCAAUCGGGUUCUGUAAAUCUGAGGAAUUAGGUCAAAGGGCGCUGUCAGCCUAGAGAAGUAGGUCACACCUCUGUCUCUGCCCACAGAGCACACCCUCAGUCUCUGUGCCCACAGAUCACACCCUCUGUCUCUGCCCACAGAGCACACCCUCAGUCUCUGUGCCCACGUGUACAGAUCUAGGCUGAUGUUUUCUUACAAUCUCUUUCUCUUUCUUACUACCUGUUUGUUAUUUUACUAACAUACCCCCUCCCCCCGC